AUAUAGUUUGCUGUCAAAAGUGCGUCUAUUAUUUCUAUUUUAAAAUGAAUCGCACUUAUAACGAUGAGCUUCAGUAUCUGGAUAAAAUCCACAAAAACUGCUGGCGGAUCAAGAAGGGCUUCGUGCCGAACAUGCAGGUGGAGGGUGUUUUCUAUGUGAAUGAUCCUCUGGAGAAACUCAUGUUUGAGGAGCUGAGAAACGCCUGUCGUGGUGGAGGGUUUGGUGGUUUCUUGCCUGCUAUGAAGCAAAUUGGAAACGUCGCUGCCCUGCCAGGAAUCGUACAUCGGUCCAUCGGUUUACCUGACGUUCACUCCGGAUAUGGUUUUGCUAUCGGAAACAUGGCUGCGUUUGACAUGGACGACCCAGAGGCCGUGGUGUCUCCCGGUGGCGUGGGGUUUGACAUUAACUGUGGCGUCCGUCUGCUGAGGACUAACCUGGACGAGGGCGACGUGCAGCCGGUGAAAGAGCAGCUGGCGCAGUCCAUGUUUGACCACAUUCCCGUCGGAGUCGAAUUCGGAUCCAAGGGCGUCAUUCCCAUGGGAGCAAAAGAUCUGGAGGAAGCUCUGGAGAUGGGUGUGGACUGGUCUCUGAGGGAAGGAUAUGCCUGGGCCGAGGAUAAAGAGCACUGUGAGGAAUACGGCCGGAUGCUGCAGGCCGAUCCCAACAAAGUCUCGUCCAAAGCCAAGAAGAGAGGACUGCCACAGUUGGGGACGCUGGGUGCAGGAAACCACUACGCCGAGAUUCAGGUGGUGGAUGAGAUCUACAACGAUUACGCUGCGAAGAAGAUGGGCAUCGACCACAAGGGACAGAUCUGUGUGAUGAUCCACAGCGGCAGUCGAGGCCUCGGCCACCAGGUGGCCACAGAUGCUUUGGUUGCGAUGGAGAAGGCGAUGAAGCGGGAUAAGAUCACGGUGAACGACCGUCAGCUGGCCUGCGCUCGCAUCACGUCUCCUGAGGGUCAGGACUAUCUGAAGGGCAUGGCGGCCGCCGGCAACUACGCCUGGGUCAACCGCUCCUCCAUGACCUUUCUCACCCGCCAGGCCUUCUCCAAAGUCUUCAACACCACACCAGACGAUCUGGACAUGCACAUCAUCUACGACGUCUCGCACAACAUCGCCAAGGUGGAAGAGCACAUGCUGGAGGGCAAACAGAAGACGCUUCUCGUGCACCGGAAGGGAUCGACGCGAGCGUUCCCGCCUCACCAUCCACUCAUACCUGUCGACUAUCAGGCUCCUGAAUCCUACAAGAAUGUCACAGACGUGGUGAACACGUGCCACGACGCCGGCAUCAGUAAAAAGGCCAUCAAGCUCAGACCGAUCGCUGUGAUUAAAGGCUGA